AUGACAAAGUUACAAGGUAUCCAUGAGAAGAAUAUUGAUUAUAAGGAAAAGUAUCAAGCAAGUCUUACUAAGUUUUGGGAACUACAGAAAUUAGAAACAACAAAAGAAGAAGAGCAAUAUAAUCAAAAAGUUAUUGAAUUUGGAGAAACAGUUGAUCAAUGGCAACGAAAUAUUGCCGAGCUUCAAAACGAAAAUAAAAUUCAACUUCAAAAGCUUAAAGAUUCAAAUUAUGAUCAAAUUAGAGCCACUUACGAAGCGGCACAAAAAGAGUUAGAGAGACUUGAAAGACUAAGAGAUGUUCUAUCAACAUUUAAUUAA